GCGCGCUUCACCAUGGCGGACUCAACCUCCGAAUACGUGACAUUAGUCUCAUGCGACGGCUUCGAGUUCAUCCUGCCGCGCAGUACCGCUUGCAUCUCUGGCACCAUUCGGCGCAUGCUGGACCCUGCGAGCAAGUUCUCGGAGGCUUUGACCGGCCGCUGUGUCCUGGAGACCUUGACUGGCGUCGUCCUGGAGAAAGUCUGCGAAUACUUUUUUUACAACGAGAAGCACAAAGAUCAGGCUAAUGUCCCGGACAUGGAUAUCCCACCCGAGUUGUGUCUGGAGCUACUGAUGGCGGCUGACUACUUGGAUACUUGAUUGCUGU